AUGUCUGGGGACCACGAGAAAAUCGACACACAUACAGCACCGACUAUUCACCUCUAUGCAGAGCAUCUCCAAAACAUUCGAACCUUGAGCAUUCAGGCCUCGCUUGCCACGGUCUCGAAUCAGGAGACUCGAGCCAAGCUGUCAGCAGAUGGCUCGCUGCUGACUUUACAGCAUGAAGGCGAGAGCGCGAGCAUACAACUACCACUGGACAUAGGAAGACACAGCGAUGCCAUUUUGACCAUACCAGCAGCACCUACCAAAGAGUUAUCUUUCCGCCUAAGUGUCCAGGAGAAGGCCGACGCGUCAGGCCAACUCGCCGCGAAUGGAUCCGAGGAUGGUCUUAUCGAACCGUGGACGGCUAGUGACAUGACCGCGCAGACCGAGAUGCAAUGUGCCGCAUGCAAUGCUAUUCUCGUGCCUCGCGGCGAAAUCACGCGGUGGAAAGAUCUACCAUCCGAGGGCUGGGCAGAAAUGAUGGAAUUCUGGCAUUGUCACAAGCCGGAUGCACCGCAAAGCCACGACCAUAGCCACGGCCGUGAUAUUGAAAAUGCAGGUAGAGGCUUUGCUGCAAACAGUACCCUGGCUGUUCGUACUGGUGUGGGUCUUGUAGGUCCCACGGAGUUUCUGCUUGCGCCAGACGAUUGCAAGAGCAUAGAACCAUACGGUCGUCCUCACGAAAGUCACGGUAUACAGACGCCCUACAUCAACGCUUGA